AUGGACCCGCAGGCCACCGGGGCCCAGGUGCUGGGGGCGGCAGAGCUGCCGAGGGACUCGCCGCUGCCGGGCGCGCGGGAGGCAGCCCUCAGCUCGGGGCCCGCCAACGCGGAGUGCCGUUUGGGUGCGCGCUCGGGCCGGGAACGGCCGGGCCGCGGGGCCCCCCGGCUGUGGGGCGGGAACUGCGAGGGUGUGGGUGGGCGCGUCGCCAGCGGAGCACAGAGCAUCCCUAAUGAUAUUCCUCUCCAUGAUGAGGGUGCCCCUUCUGAUGAGGAAGGCUUUCCUCUGGAUGGUGAGGAUUCUGAUGGGGAGCCCAAUGCCUGGGCGCUGCCUGGAGGGGUUUCCAGUGGCCUGCCCAAGGAAGAGACGGCUGGCCUUUUCCAUGAGGACUGGGACUUGGAGUUGAAAAGCGAUCAAGGGAAUCCCUAUGAUGCUGAUGACAUCCAAGGGAGCCUCUCUCAAGAGAUCAAGCCGUGGGUCUGCUGUGCCCCACAAGGAGACAUGGUCUAUGACCCCAGCUGGCACCAUCCACCUCCACUGAUACCCCAUUAUUCUAAGAUGGUCUUUGAGACGGGACAGUUUGAUGAUGCUGAAGAUUGA